UCUAGUUGACAACUGCAUUUCUAAACUGACACUUGUCACCAGCGAUUGGCAACGCCGAGUGUAGCCCCAAAAUACAAGCAUGUGUAUUUUGACAAUUGAGCGGGAGUUUUGACGGCGUAGCUCCACAUCGCAUUGAGCAAUUUCUAGUUGGUGUUUGCUUUGGAUCUUGUUUGGGUUGGUGGUUCCAAUUGGACGCAACUGCUCGCGGAUAGGUUAAAAAGUGAAAAAAGUGCAUAAACAAUUUAUAUCGCCAAUUGAAGCUUGUUUUCUUCGACAAUUUUGUGAUUGUGGUGCACUGGAACUGUAUUGUGCUGUCCCCCAACUCUGCGAGUUCUAGUACGUACGUUUGUCGCGGCGCGUGCCCGAUCGUACAUACAUACAUAUUUGUUUGUACUGUUGUUUUAGUGGAGCUCCUCAAGGCAUCUCGCAUUCGCGUAUCUCAUAUAAACUGUCGCGGUCGAAGUCGUUUCUGCUUUGGAGAAGUAGCGCUGGCAUUGGGGCGAACGCACUCACACACCCAUGUCUACAAUUGUGGUCAAACACGCACGGACAGUUGGAUGAGCAUACAACAAUAAGAAAAAUAUGAACAAGAACACUUGUACGUUCUAUAGUUAUUCUUGGUUUGUUUUUUAUUUAAAUUGAAAUUUAUUACACUUUUGAAAACAUACUGUGCUGUUGUUUUCGGUCGGAUUAGUCGAUCAGUGGUUUGCGUUGUGCUCAGCGAUUAUUCUUUUAUUAUUUACCUGCUUUAACACAACGGGGGCCGUGCUCUAAAAAGUUUGUAUGCUUUUAACAUAUUUUAAAAAGUUUACCUAUAAAUAAACGAGAAAACUACAAAGGAAAGCGAAUACUUCUACUACAUACUUGAGUGUAAAAACUAAACGCGAGCAGGAGGAAUAAAUCAGAAAACGCAAAAAAUUUUAGGAAUAUAAAAAAAUAAAAAUUUCGUUUAAAGGCCAAUUAAGAAUAAAUACUUAAAAAAAAUUGUUAAACAACAGUAGCACCCAAAAAUUCAACCGCGCACAUAGUUCAACAUGGAUAUGGAUACAGACAAUGAGAAAGAGGUGCUCUGCGAGAAAAUCAUUAACGACAUACAUGCGGUAUUCCUCAAGGACCCAGACCUCUCCACCUUCGAAAUUAUACCGACCUUCUUGAAUCGCAACAAAUCUCCCGUGAUCCACACUGAACACCAUCUUGGCUUGGAGGCGUGGUGCAUGAAACAUGUCUACCAUCAUUCACACAAAACCAUAAUCGGCUACCGGCGCCAACACCAGCAACGUUAUCUGCAACACAGCGAUGUUUUGCUGAAAUAUCUGAAUGUAGCGCUGCUCGUCAACCCGGAUGUGACCACAUUCUGGCACAUACGCCGCCAGAUGGUACAGACGAAUCAUUUGAAAAUAAAUUGCGAAUUUAAAUUCUCUGCGUUGAUAUUGUCGAAAAAGCCGAAAUCGAGCGAGGCAUUCGCAUACCGACGCUGGCUGUACUCGUUUCAGAGUCAUGACGCCAUCGAUUGGCCCAGCGAGCUGGGUAUUUGCGAACGUUGCGCCGACCGCAGCGCAAACAAUUAUCACGCUUGGACGCAUCGCAUGUGGGUAUUGCAAAACGAUCGCGAUCUCAUAUGCUCGGAGCUGAUGAUGACCGAGAAGUUUAUGCGCAAACACAUCAGCGACUACAGCAGUUAUCACUAUCGACAGACGCUGAUACAGCACGCCUACGCGAUGUGCUACUAUGAAUCGAAUGAGCUGGAGCAUUUGCACAAUUUGAAAGAUCUGAUAAGCUACUAUCUGGUCGAUGAUUUGGAGAUACUCAGCACCGCUGAUGUGUUGCAGAUAAUGCUGCCCGGUGUUGAUCAGGCAGCGGUGGGUGAGCAACGCUUGAGCUCUUUCCUGUAUUGCUGUAAUUUGGCAGCGCACGACAUACGCUUGUGCGACGAUCAGAAGAAUAUGUAUGGGGAACGCGAAUCAUUCGAAAAUCAUCGACGCGCUUCGCUGCGCUUCAUUGUAGAGAACACUGUGCGUUUGCUACAUGGCGAACUGCCGGGGCUGUAUCUAGCGCCGCGCACCUAUGCACAAUUGCAGGAAUUCAAUGCGGCGCUAAAGAAGUUUGAUUAUGGCGCGUACACGUUUUUGGCGGCGCUCAAGCGCUCGGAGAGCAUGCUGGGCGAGAAGCAUCGCAAAUGGUGUAAGAUAUUUUUGGGCUUCAAUUAUGCGUAAGGAGAUGGUGCGGCCGUUCGCAAUGCGAUCGUUGGCGUAGUGGCCUGUUUUCAAGCGAAUUUUUAUACACUCACGAAGAAACAUUUGUUUGUAAUGAUUUCGAUUAGUACAAAUUGAGGAUCAAGCGAAA